AUGGGGGAAUUCCACGACAAGGAGGCCGCUUUAUCCCUGCGCACAAUGGAGAGCAAAGUCGCCGUCUGUAUUGCUGCAUGGUAUGUGAUCAGUCUCGUCACUCUGUGGACCAACCGCUACGUGGUGGCCAAGCUACGCGUGGAUUCCAAUUUGCUGUCACUCGCACAGCUCGGUAUGUCCGUCGUGGGUGGUCUGGGCUCUGAGCUCUACCUCGUAGGCUGGACGGUAUGCAAGCGAGGCAUGCGCAAGGUACUGGACGAUGGACUCAAGGACAUGGUGUUGCUCGCUGGUGUGCGCAUUCUCACGGUGUUGCUGGGACUUACGGCGCUCAAAUACAUUGCCGUAUCCUUCACACAAACGAUCAAGUCUUCUGCACCGUUUUUCACAGUAGUGUUGACCUACUUCUUACUGGGUCAGCGCACGGGAUGGCGAGUGAACUUUUCGCUGAUCCCAAUCGUCUUGGGCCUUAUCUUCUGCAGCUUAUCGGACAGCUCCUUCCACGUCAUCGGAUUCAUCGCUGCACUCAUGUCCAACUGCGUUGACUGCAUCCAAAACGUACUAACCAAACGACUAUUAAACCGUUCGUACUCGACCACGCAGUUGCAACUGUACACUAGCAUCAUCGCUGUGGCCAUGCAACUCACGUUCAUCGCAUACAACUGGAUGGCUACGCCACCUGAACCAGCUCUUGAAGUUAAGAGGACGGACCGCUCAACGGCAUUCGUCUUCGUGGUACUCGUCCUGGACGGCAUGUGCUUCUUCGUCCAGAGUGCUCUUGCUUAUAUGCUCAUGAGUUUGGUGUCGCCGGUAACACACAGCGUGGCAAACUGCGUAAAGCGUGCGCUCAUCAUCGUACUGUCCAUUUACCGAUAUGGAGAAGACGUGACGCCACUUAACUGGUGCGGGAUGGUGCUUGUUAUCUUCGGAGUGUACGUCUUCAAUGCUGCUUCGAGACUCGAGCGCGAGCAAGCCAUUAAAGGUCCAAUUAUUGCACCUGCCAAGUCAACUUUCGUCGAGACGAGCACAAUUAGCAAUUUGUCGGAGAUCCGAGUCGAGAAAGGGAGAUGA